AUUUUUCUCGCGCUGCCUGACAGGAUCGGAUCGCUGGGAAAUUCUUCGCUCGGUGCCAAUAGGCGAUUUUUGGUGUGUGUGAUUCGGUGAGGGGUGAGUGUUCUCAGCGUGAGCGCCGAGACUUCGAGAUAGUCUCGAGUGUUGCGGUGUUUCACUGACUUCAAGAGGCGCGGAACUGUAAACAAAUUUCCCCGUCAUCGGCGGGCAGUGCAGAAACUAGUGCCGAGACUAGCUAGUGGCUUAGCGGCAGUCACGUUCUUUGAUGCUGGGCUUCGAACCGAGAGUCACGAGACGCGCGAGGAUUCGUUCGGUACGUUCUGGAACGGUUUCUACCGAGUUGUGUUGAAAACGAAAAGCUUUGUGAACACGGAAAGCUAUUAUCCGUAGGCGCGGAUUCGAGCUGCCGGAAGUGUGGCGAAAUCCGAAGGCGGGCUGUGUAAAAGGUGUUCCCCUCCCUCACGUUGGAAGCACAAUAAUAAUUCACUUUAUAUUGUUAUCGCUCGGGAGAGAGAAGAGGCUUUCGAGGGGGGAGUUGUGGGCGAUUUUUCGUACUCCUGCCAACUACCGGAGAAAGGCUUGUUAGUGCCGCGAAUCUCUUAGCCUAAGGGAAAAGGGCAAACACCCAAGCAGUAUAUUUGUCUCGUUCGGCGUGGGACUUGUUGUGUACGAGUGUCACGGGUAUCUGAGUAUAUACACGGAACACUGUCUACAUAUUAACAUCAUUACUGUGUGGCUGAGUUGUGCCCGGAAUCGGAGUUCCGGGAAGAAUAGAUGUUACUGCCAGGAGGUACACGUGGAUCAACGGUAGUGUAUUUUUGUGUAUGUAUAUAAAUUCGGUGUAAGUUGUGUGGAGAACAUUGCUACAUUGCGAGCGAAACCCUGAAUAAAAUAUGCACAUUCGGUGUGGGAAUCAUUGUGUAAUCAUAUCCACAUCUGUGCGCAAUCGAGUCUGUGCCGGUUUAUAUAUGUGUGGGGGUGUGAAAUUGUGGCAAUAAUCGUCGUGCGAUGAUAAUGUGCCAAGCUAUUUAGCAUAUUAAUUUUUCUCUGAAUAAUACUCAACACGACUUGAGGAGUCGCAAGUACGUGUAAGAGUGACAAGUCCCCGGGAAACGACCUGAAUUACACAGCAGAAAGAUUAAGUGGUGGGAAGCAUUUAAUAAAAGUCAUAACUUAACACUUUCCCCCUCCCCCGUACAAGUGUCAGUGUUGUGUCGGAAUGAAAAGCACUCAAGUGGGCUGUCCUAUAAUCACGAGCAUGAUUAAAAUGUGUGUCGCCGAGAAGGAAUCGCUCCUCCUGUAAUAAUGGUCUUCUGGUGGGGUGGCUAGGAGAAUCAUUCGAAGUAAGAACGAAUCAAAGACGACACCACCACUCAGCGACAGUGCAAGGCCAUAAAAGUCUGGGAAAGGAGGCAAUAAACAUAAAACCGUAAGGGUGUCCUUCCGCCCGGCCCAAGUUUAAGCAGCUGAUCUGUUCGUUUCGCCGUAGUUUUAAUCUUUAAACGUCGGCUGCUGGUGUCCGGUGAGAAGAAGUGACUGAAGCACUAAAAGCGUCUCAGCCUGGAACAGAUUUGCGCUGGCAGGCGGAGGUUUCUGGACUACUGAUGCCCAGUCGUUGUUCCGCCAUCAACAAGGAUUACACGCGAUAAUGCAGUGGACCGUUAUUUCGGUGUUUUUACGAGCACUUUUCGGAUUUUUCGGCUGUGAACGUAAGGGAGGACGGCACUAAAAAUCAACGACACACAACGCCAACGACGAAAGCCAACGUGUCGAAUUGGUGGCCCAUGGUGAGGAUUGAGGCUAGAAACGAGCGCGAAAAGGAACGCUAUCAGGAGCCGUUUUUUCCGGAAAACAGAAAACAAAAAAACGCCAUAACGUCCUCUAUUUCUAGAGAGAGAACAGAAGCCGAACCCGAAUCCGAUGGAUGUUACAAAGCAAGUGAGCCAGAAACCAAAACAAUUAUUCCCCAUCGCCACGGGACACACUUGCUGCUCCAGCCCCGAGUGAAAUGAAGAGCACUAAUUUCGAAGAGUGGUGCUGCUCCCCGCUGAGACCUUUCGAUUCGAGCGGAAAAACAUCAUCAACUGCUCUCGAGCACUAGAGCUCGGUUCCAUCCCGGGAAAGCAUCCAAACUCCGCCAGAAGCCAGAAGGCGAGGAAAUGCCAACAGAAUCUAUGUUUGUUAGCUCUGCCAUUAGGUUCUCCCCCGAGGGGUAUCGCCAGGACGAACAGGAAGAAGGAAGCAAUCCGAAAAACGCUACACGCCGACAACAGCGACAGUACGGAAUAAUAGUCAAAAAGUAGUUCGUUCGCCAAGUGUCCCACCACCGUUUCAGAAACUUGGUUUCAGUAUGGGCACGGAAUGAUUUGUGGAAACGGCCAGGAACCCCAACGAGCGUAUCUCAGAGCUCGGGAAGCGCUUGUGAGACAUACCUCGAAACGAUGUAUGGAAGCGGAUAAUGAAACAAGAAAUAAAAACCCUGAACGACUAUGAUUAGAAUUUGGAAAAGCACAAGAAAGACCAUCGCAUUCAACCCACUGUUGGGUGAAUUCAAUUGUGAACACUUUAGAGGACAGAGUGGGAAAAUCCCUACCGGACAACGGUGAAUCGUUGGCGGUUCUGUUAUCGUUGUUGGGGAGCAGCUAUUCGUUCGGAGCGUUCGGAUUUUACGGUUGGUAAAAUUCAAUAAGAUACGACCAGAUCGAACUGGGAGCUGGGUACGGAAUACUCAGAACCCUAGUCUAGCGGGUAAAUAAAUAGUGAAAUUGUUUUUGAAUAAAUUUCCAGUGUUUGUUCCUUUUUCGCUCGUUUUCGCAACGAUUUAUGUGGGUUGAAUAUAUAUACCUCAAUAAGAAACCAAUUUUAUGGUCAUUAGAAACACUUACUCGAAGUGAGGGAAGAUGAAGUGAAAAUGAGAAUCUGAAAUGUUGUGAUUUCGCACAUGAUAGAAUAUUGCGUUUCUCAUCGGUUACUGGCCAGUGAUUGUGAACGAGUUUGAGAGCGUGUUGAAACACGGGCACCGGGGCAAAAAUGACCGACAUAAACCUCAGCGGAAAAGCUUAUCUAAAGCACAACGGAAAGAUCGAAACGUGUCCAAGUGCUGCCGGUAGUUUACGGCGUAACAAUAGCUAUCAUCAACGGUUGAAAAAAUCGCACGACGAGUGCGAGUAUGCGGCGGCCAGUAACAACGGCCAGCAAUCAACCGGCAGGGCGGCCAAAUGGAAAUCCCAUGCUGCAGCGACAUCCGAACACGGGUCGAAACCGAUGGUCUCCGUCAUGGUGGACCACCCGUCAAUCGCUAACUCGGCCGAUGAGUUCAAACGUUUCCACACACUGCGGAACAGUUACGGCGGGAAAUCCAAUUUAAAUGUAAAUACACUCAACGAGUCCGCAAUAAAAACGCAAGUUCUGCUUCAUCAGCAGAAGCUCAAAGAGUACAGUCGACACGCUGCCGAGCAAAACAAUGAUAGCUACUCGACCUGUUCGUCGUCCCAAUCCGACUAUCAACAUCCUCAGCAUCCGCAUAGACAUCAUCAUCGAUAUCAUCACCAACAUCAGCAGCAGCAGCAGCAACAACAUUUUCAACAAUUUUCACAAACUCAGCAGUAUCCGGUGUCAACAACGGUCGCUGCCACCGCUACCCUGACCCGGCCUGGACACGGCAACGGUAGUGUGACGACGGUCUCAAAAGGCAAGGACACAAGCGGAGGGGGCGGUAGCUUCAAGAACUCACUCAGGCGUGGUGCCGGUGGAUUGAGCACUUUGUCACUGUGCAGCUGUGAUGCCGAGACGGAGAUAAUACCAAAUCCAUUAAGGCCAUUAUACCAGUAUAGUUUGGAUAGAAAGAAUCCCCGCCAGCACACCUAUACGUGUGAGCAGAACGCACAAAUCCUGCUACGGCUCGAGAAGGACCGACAGAGGAAGUACAGCUCUUCCGGAAAAUUGAACUGCACUGCCUCAACCAAUGACUUAACGGCACUACCCUCCAGUGGUCUGCAAAAAUCGGUAACAACGACGAACGUUCCGACAAGCGGCAGCGCAGCCAGCACCGGAACGACACCGGCGGAGUUCAAGACCGGAAGUUUCAAUAACGAGAGCAGCACGUUUGACUAUCACAGUACGUAUCCGGAGAACAACUACAUCGAGGACGAACCGUUUGUGGAAGACCUGAUUCCACCGCCGCCACCUCCACUGAAUCGGCGCCCAUCGUACGGCUACAGCUGCAUUUCCCAACCGCUAGCUAACGAACCUAGCCUCGGGCUGCAGCAACAGCAGCACCAGCAGCAGCCAUCGGUGGCCGGCCUUACUAAUGAUCUGACCUCGACGAUCAACGGCAACAAUGGAAUAAUUAAUAAUUAUCCCUCAAAUCAGCCGGACUUGUUCAAUUUCGCAUCAACGGUCGGGAACAACGGUGGCACAAUCGGGUCACAGCAGCAGCAACAGCAUCAGACCGGCGGCUAUGGGACGGUGCUAAAAUCGACAUUGAAAAAUAAAUCAACGGCCAGGGUGUCGACCAGCGAUGACACAACGGCAGCCGGCAGCGACACCAAUAAGCCCAAGCCAAAGCUGAAAAAGAGUGGUUCGAACUUUGACAUAAUGAAUAAUGGCACGUAUACUGACCCAGCGACGGAGGAUGGUGUAAUAGGUGGCGCGGACGCUGGGACCAUCCUCGGGAAACAGUUCCCACCCUACUACUUCGACGAUAACUAUCUCAAUCACAGCUUACAUCAGCAUUUCUACUAUCAGAACCUGGACAACAGUUUCCCGGUGAGUGGCGUAAAAAAUGACGCCGAAGGCCAGCUGUAUCUGUAUCAUCACGAACCGGCGUCCUACAUCCCUAACUAUGACACGCUGAAUCUCACUGGCAAAUAUAACACCAUCGGUCAGAGCGGAACCGGAAACGGCGACCACAUGAUUGGCGGGGAUUACAUGGGAAGCGGCAAAUAUCACCACGCCAGCUCGUGCAAUUUAAAUCAAUUGAGUUCGGCGAAAAAUAAUCUAAUUAACAGCCAUCAGCAUCACUUUUCCAACUCGAUCAGUAAUUUUAACUUUAAUCCAUCGCAAUAUUUCGGAACCGGACUGGAACCGGCGCCGGGGGCCACAAUCAUCGGCGGGCCUGGGGGGUUGGGUGUGCUGGGCGGCGAUGGGUUCACCUCCACUAUCAGUUUGAACGGAACGCCCGCCAAGCAGCAGCAGCAGCAGCAGCAUCAGCUCUCGUGGAAGCACAGGCAGUGCCCCAGUAGAGGCUCCAGCAGCACUGGUUCAGGGUCGUCAAAAUGGGAUCUUCCCUCCCGACAGUGGCUGGCGGUGACUUCGAUCCUGCUGAUAGCGGGGGCUGCCGGAGUGGCCGUCCCGUUUGCCUUAAAGGUUUCAGCUGGAGCACCGCUCGAGGAACGGCUCCAAGUCGCCACCCAGCUGCUCGACACAGUGCCUUUAAUCGACGGCCACAACGAUUUGCCGUGGAAUAUUAGGAAGUUUCUACAUAAUCAACUCAACGAGUUUAGGUUCGACGACGAUUUGAAGCUGGUUUCGCCUUGGUCGAAAAGUGCAUGGAGUCACACGGACUUGCAGCGGAUGAAACGCGGCCGAAUCGCGGCACAGUUUUGGGCCGCAUACGUGCCAUGCGAGGCGCAACACAGAGAUGCCGUGCAGAUUACGCUUGAGCAAAUUGACGUAAUUAAAAGACUGACGGAACGCUACUCGCCACAUCUGACAGCAUGCACAUCGGUUUACGAUAUUAUGGAAGCGCACAAAAACCAUCAAAUGUGUUCACUAAUUGGAGUCGAAGGGGGACACUCGCUCGGCGGAUCGCUGGGUGUGCUGCGGAUUUACUAUGCACUCGGCGUGCGCUAUAUGACCCUCACGUCGACCUGUCACACACCGUGGGCGGACUCGAGCAACGCGGAUGCACCCAAGUACGACGUGAAACAUGGCGGACUGACAGCGUACGGGAAGACCAUCAUCCGGGAGAUGAAUCGCCUCGGCAUGAUUGUGGAUUUAUCGAAAUCGUCCGUCGCUACCAUGAAGGACACGCUGGCGACCUCGCAAGCGCCGGUCAUUUUUUCCCACUCGUCGGCUUAUGCCCUGUGCAACUCGAGUCGGAACGUGCAGGACGAAGUGCUGGAGCUGGUGGCGAAAAACCGUGGCCUGGUGAUGGUCAACUUUUACAAUAAAUUUCUCCGCUGCAGCGAGAACGCAUCGGUGCAGGAUGCUGUUGCGCACAUAAAUCAUAUUAGACAGAUUGCCGGGAUCGAUCAUGUGGGGCUCGGAGCCGGAUACGAUGGCAUUAAUUUCACGCCGCGUGAUCUCGAGGAUGUGGGCAGUUAUCCGCGGCUUUUCGCCGAGCUGCUUGGCAACGGCUGGACGGCGGAGGAGUUGGAGAAGCUGGCUGGCCGCAAUUUGCUGCGGGUGCUGGAGGAAGUCGAAAAAGUUCGCGAUAAUCAACGGCUGUCCGGCGUACGGCCGUACGAGGACAUUCCGGUGGCGCUGCGGGCCGACGAACACUUCAACUGUACAACCAACAGUUAAUGAACUGGGGCGUCCUGGCGUCCUGCUCAUGUGAGCACCUCUGUGACGACUGAGACGAGCGAUCGAGCCCGACCGAUGGCGGAACGGUCGCUACUGCUAAUCAAUACUACUACUACUACUGGACACUCUACACUCCACUACUAGAUGGCAUACUUUCAUCUGUCACCUGUAUCACCGGAUUUAUUCCCCCGGCACUGGAUCGGCAGAGCAACACCGGGCGAGGUGGAAUUAUUUCAGCAGAAAACCCUCAACACGAUAUCCUGUGGUCUGCCAAACUUUCAUCGACGCCACGCGGAGUAUAAUUAGAAAAGUUUGUAAUUUAUGUACAGCGCGCGAAUGCUGCGUGGCGUGCGCUCGCCGGAUCGCCAAACAGAUCUUCGGCAGCUUCGCUGUUCGUGCUGGAUGUCAUCGCGCUACACUGUUAAUUAAGUUCCGAAAUACAAUAAAUAUUUUUUCCAGUUGAGCUACGAGUUUUCAAUCUUCAGCUUAAGGUUAUGUCAUGGUGUGAUAAAGUUCUCCAAUAUCAAAUAAGAUCAUCAACGACAAUUCAAGCAGCAGCACAUCAUAUGGCAAUCACUCUCGGAUGUACGUCAUUGAAGUGUGCGUUACAACGCAAAAAAGGACCUCGAGUAAAUGGACGCAACAAUAUGUUCCGUCGUAUUACGAAUCAUGCCAAGCAAACAGACGGCGCACAGAAUUGCCGAGGCAAUAAAAAAAGGUAAAGUGUUUUUACUUCCGCCAUCGCUGGAGUGCGGUACAGAGCAUAGACUCCAAGCGUUCUUGAGCCCCUCACAUCUCACAUAUGUUCCGGUCGCGUUCUUAUGGCGCAACAUCAGCAACACAACUUUUGCGCCCCCAAUUCAUCCAGCCAGGCAUGAAGUGUUGAGAAAAUUGGAUAUUAAUUUUCAGCAUUAGCAUGAUUUGAUGAGGGUAUGGCAACGGCACAAAGUAAAACGGCUCGACUCAAAGCCUGUCGUCGAAAGCUACACACUCUCGCGAUGUGUGUAAGAGCAAUAAUCCAGUCAAACGACACUCGACCGCCAGCCCACCCCCGUUAAGCAUAUGCACGAACGAUAUCCUUCUUUGUCCUGGAGAGGGCUUGGAUACGUGUGUUCCAAACCGUGCGCCGCGGCAGAUUGGCUCGAGAAGUUUGUUGGAAAACUUUUCGUGCCUAUCGGAAUGUGUGGUAAUCGGCAAUUGGGAAGUGUUCAUAAAAGUUCAUUUCGGGCCUCGUAUGUGGAAGCUAAGUAAAAACAGUCUUUAUUAGUAACGCUCAAUCUGUGGCGCCCAAAAUUGCAUGGAAAAUUUCGUAUUUGGUUUCCAUGUGAAUUUCAAUGGAUUUGGUUUGCUGAUUGUUUGCUCGAAUAGAAUACAAUCAUUAUUUGCUCAUUAGAAACAAUAUUUUAUACAAUUUUUACACAUGAAAAAAUUACAAUUCACGAGAUAAUUCACCGAACACACACCGGUAUAAGAAAAAUUUGUUGACGUAGAACCACGCUGUAGUUUAAUUCAAGUCGCUUGUUUAUAACUGCGGAUAUCAUUUUAUAAUGCUACGAAAAUUUUGAAAUAGCCAUUCUACCAGUUUGGUCUCCCUGAAAUGUUUUUUUUUAUUGUAGAAUGAUUUGACGAUAAUUGUUUGAUGAUUCAUUAUUGUGCUCGCAGAACAAUACAUGCUCGAGAUAAAAGCAGCUGUCAUUCUUAGUGGAGAAAGUUUUGUUACUUCGUGACCAAAUAAGCGAAAUAAACUCUAUCUGCACGCGAACCCAAAUAAAUUAAUGAUUUAUUAUAAUUUCUUGAAUAACUUGCUAUUUUCCCAAAUAAUUUUUUGGUGCACAACCUUAACACCUGCUUCACCAUAGCGUCAGUUCAAUGCAUUGAUGACAGGAAACAAACAAUGUUAACUACUUGGAAAAAGGCUGAAUAUUUGCCUCAGCAGAGAUUCAUUACUAAUACCCUAGCGAGAAUAAUUCCCUCCCGCUAUCUCCCCUCCUUGUUUAUAUUUAUCAUUACAAAUGGCUAUUUUUACGUACGGGUUAUGAAGCACGCAGGUACGCACACAAAUAUCCAUAUAUCGAUGGCUUGAAGCAACUCAAUAUACACACACUUAUCUCUGUUUUGCGCUCUUCUCAACAGAAGCCCUCUCUGGUUAUAUUGGAGAGAGAGUUUUCCUACCGCCAUGCGAAACCAAAUCACUGGCAAAAUUCCAGAACAUUUAUUUUCUUGGUGUUCAUGGUUUCGUAUAUAGAACGAUACUGGAAAUUUGACUUUCCUUCAUUUCCUUGCUGAAUUGAAGAGACUUUAUACUUCUUCAGUCCAUUCGUCUCUAGCCUCCAAAAAGGCCCUUGGAAAACUCUACUCUCCUAGGUUCGGAAAAGCCUACUCUUCAUAUUACUCCUCCACCCCCAUUACUUUGAGAAAACCAUUCGAUCCCUCCCCGUCCAGCUCGCCCAGCAACGGUGUUGUCCAGUCGGUGUUCUCACGAAGAAUGAAGUUUGCCUAAGCAAGAUCCACUGUUUAUACUGUAGGCAAAUAUUCCCCUUCGUUCUUCUUCUUUUCCUUUGUUCACGGAGACUUAACAUCUUACGAUUUCCUCUUCGUUGCUCGUCGAUAAGUUGCUCGUUUUUGACAGCUCUGUCCGGGGAAGCACACAAAUGGACAGAACAAAAGUAUGAGGAAAUGGGAAUGCUUCCAAUUUUCAUCAAUUUAAACCAUAGACCGACUAUGGGGUUGUAAUGUAUAGCAUAUCAAACAAAUCUUAGGGAAUUUCUGAUUCGUUUGGUAUGUAAAUCGCCAGAAUCCGUUCGCGAAAAAAAUAGUUAUUAACGUUAACUUUAUUUCAUGAAAACGUGACCUGUUUUCUGAUUUGGCACCCUUAAUGAAAGAAGUAGUUCUACGUCAAAAGUAAACCAACAUCGUUUUUAAAGGAUUUCAAGAUAGUCCAUGGGAUCAAGCCCUCAACAGCAACCAUAGGUUCGUUGAGGGAGCAAAAUUUCUUCAUCGGCAUUCGUGGAAUCCGCAAGUUUAGGGAUGAAAACAUUUUCAACUUCAUCGCGACACCAAAACUGAAAAAUUUACGUCGAUUGAUUCAGCAGCUAUACAAGUCGCUAGAAUCGAAGGAAGAUUUUCGUUGAAAUGAGAACGGAAGAAGUAGUUCAAAGAGUGGUUGAAUAAUUCGAUAACAAGUACUCAUUAACCAACAACGGGACGACUCACCGUAUUCGUCUCUACGUUGAGAAUGGAGAUACUGAUGUUAAGCUUCUUCACCAAACAUGGCAAAGCAGUGGAUCAUCGAAUACCUUUCCAACUAAGGGAACAUAAUUUCCAUCAAACACGUCCCAUUCCUUGGUACAGCUCGCACGUUACAUAAUCGAACCAAAUCUAGACAUGAUGUAAAUACAACCAGGAGGUUCAAUUUGGAGUCAGCUGUUCGUAGAACCGAGCAAAACUUUCACGGCAAAACAAAUCAACGCUAUAAGAGUGCUAGCGCAAACGCGAACCUCGUACAGGCCUGGGGAGCAACCAGCAUCCAUCAUCAGCACCUUCACUAGCAACACAACCAUCAUCACAAUCACAAUCUUCGUCGCAGGUCCAACCGUCAAUACAAUCGCAAACCGCAACACAACACUUCAAACGGCCGGCCUCAGCGCAUGAUGCAGAACUCAGAACAAAAUCAGUAAAGACUUCAGCCUCCGACGUAGGAGAGCCUACUGUUGGAGAGACACCGGAUAAAACAACGAAGGGAUACGAUGGAGUGAGCUCCAUGAGUGACCGCACACGCAUCGCAUCGACCAACAGCGGAUCAAACUCUCUCAAUAGAAAACUUGAAAAAACAAUGGAAAUAUGUAUCGUACACAUAUGUAAUAUGUGUACGAGCUCGGGGUCAUACGAGGAUCAAACAAGAGGGCAAGUACAGCUGUAAUAGAUACAAGAAAUACUGUAACAAACUUUACCUACACUUUCUCAACUGCAAACUUAAAUGGUAUAAGGAACACAAACAAAAUCAACUCGUUAAAAUCUUUCGUGUGCAUCAGGGCUCGGUAAAGUCAUAUUCAACUAAGAAUAGUCAGGGGACUAUGAAGAAAAUCGCCUUCGUAUUCAAUUGGAAAUGGCUUCUUCCAGAAGUUUCUCCAUCAACAUAACAUGACUCAAAAGUCAUUCGGGCGUUUAGUUGCAAUCUCACUCUACGACUCGACUAUCUCAUUUCAUUCUUCCCCGUCAAAUCGACUUCAUGUCAUAGAGCGGUGACUCCCCCUUAAUAAGAACGUUUCUCUUCCUUAUCCCUUCCUUCCGUAUGCAUGUAUAAAUGUUUGAGUUCAACGUGGUUUGAGAUAUACUACAGGUUAGCUAAAUUUGUUUGUAUCGUACACAAAAAUUACUCACACAUAUGAAAUAGCGUGUAGUGUUGUGUUCAGAGCCACUGACAAAUUUGUGAAUUUUGUUGAAAUAAACCCGUUUUUCGGUAUGUUUUUUUUUUCGCAAAAUUGAGCUCGGAUACAACAUGAACUAAAAUUUAGUUUACAAUUCCUCCCAAAAUGCACGCUAGUUUACACGCUAUUCACUAAUACUAACGCGAGGACCUUUAUAGCAUGCCUGGUAACUGUCUUAUUUAGUUGGUUUGAUUUCACGGUGGGUAAACAAUGAUGUCGUUCUUUAAUGGUGUAACUACUUUUUUGCAUCAGAAAUCAAGUUUUCGUUUCAUAUAAAGCGAAACGAAAUAGAUUGUGUACGCGGGUAAUGGGAUUCGUGUUAGGGGGAGUAGUGAUGUGGAUUGAAUUAACCUGAAUGAAGAGACAGAUUUUUAUUUAUUAGUCACGUCGAUUAGAAUAACCAUUUGCUAGAAUGGCUCAUCAGGCAUCCUCGCUCUUAAUUCUCGUCAUGUUGACGGCGAAUGCCGAAGUAGUCCUAGUCGAAGCGAAGCUACUGAGAGGAGAGUCGAUUUUCAUUUUUCAUCUUCGAGAAAUUCAGGCCCUGGUGCACACAUUAGACUUAGACAACAUAGCAAUGCAAGAGAUGGUUAGCGAUAGCAUUUGUCUCCCUGGAGAUGAUAUGAUAGUAAAUAUUGAUGAAAAAGAGCGAGAUACUGCAAUAGUUGUACGAAAUGGAAUCGAAACAAUGGAAUUUUGCAAUGGACCCGCCAAAAACGAAAUUACAAUUCGCUGAUUGACUGGUGGUCUUCAAAUGCAAACAGAUAAAUAGCCUCUUUUAUUCGUUGGAAAAACUCAAUUUGUUUGAAAACAUUCAACAACCCAACGGGUUUUUAUCACUUCUGUCUGGAUCGAACAUAUGAACAACAUAAGGACCGCGAUUGCACCACUGAAAUCAACAAAAUGAAAGAAAUUUUCCGAAUCAAAGAAAAAUAAGAACUCCGAACUCCUCCGAAUGGCAGGCCGAGUUAACCGACAACAAGAUACAACCCAACGAACAUUAAAUCGUAUCACCAGAGUAUAUGCAGCAUUAUAUAUCCCAUAUUUUAGGAGGUAUAUGAUGCGCCUAACUAACAUAUACGUGCAAAAGUGGAGGCGAUAUACAUAUAUGAUAUUUGCUUGCGAAUUAGUUCGGAUGAAUAUACGACUUACGAAUGUAUCUACAUUCGACAAAAAAAAUUAGAGGAACAGAAUGCGAAGUCGGGAAUUUCAAGUGAUUUUUGACAUGCUGUAUCUUCGUAAAAAGUCAACGCAUAUCUCCAAUAAAUUCUGCACAAGGAUAAUUCAUUACUUUGACGAAAAAAAAUUAUUUAAAUUUCGUGCAUCGAUUUCAAAAAAGUGCCAAAAACAGGAUUUUUAUAGUGUUUUACAAAAUCCACUGUAGUUCGGCAAAUAUCGCAGUUAGUUAUAAUGUUUGCAGGCAAAUUUUUAGCCUUGUGCAUUUCCUAAACAUCCGUAAACGUUUCAUAUUGAUACGUUCAGUCGUUUUUUCUAGCCGAUUUUUUAAAGUUUGAAGUAAAUUAAAGGAGCAUUUAAUCGCAAUCGUAUCAGAAGUACAAAAUCCUACGCGACUCUCUGAACGAAUGAUUCGUAACUUUCGUUUUCAUGCGCUUUUGGUUUUGGCACUUUUUUUAAGUCGAUGCGAAAAAUUUAAAAAAAAAAUUUCCGUCGAAGUCACAAAUUAUCCUUGUGCAGAAUUUACUGGAGUUUUUGAAACUGCCUUCCGAUUUGCGGUGCGAUGGUUGUUUAUUGAAUUAUUCAUCAUCAAAGACGAAGGGGUAAUAUUUCAUUCAAACUGAAAUAUCUCUGUGUGAGAAGGUCCUACAGGAACGUUCUUGGAACCAAAUAAAAGCUGAUUGAUAAGGUCAAUUAGAUUUGCUGUUGAGUUGGUUGGCAAAAAAUUGGGUUAGUCCAGAAUAUUCUUGAAAAAACAAAGAAAAAUCGAUUUUAAAUUUCUUCCCGUUAUUGUUGCCCGCUACACCAACCUUUACCAAGAAAAAAAUAUGUACGAAAAAUAUUCUCAUACCUGAAAAUUAAAGCUUAAAAAUGAUGCGCCUCCCAUCGAUAUGCGUUCAUCUUUCACGAAGAUACAGCAUGUCAAAAAUCACUUAAAAUAUCCGACUUCGCGCUCUGUUCCUCUAAUUUUUUCGUCGAGUGUAGUACGACUAUUGUCAUAGGUAUAAGCGAUUUACCACAUGCAAAUAAAAAAAAUGAAUGGCAGAAAAUGUUCGUGAGGUUAUAAUUAUUUCUAUAACCUCACGAACCGCUAUUUGUACAGCACUUUUAUGUUUCUAGAAAUAGGAAUUAUUCAAUUGACUUCUAGUGGGAGGGAGGUAUUAAUAUUUAAAAUGAGUGGUGGUGAUGAUAAAGAAAUCUGCUCCGAUGGGAUACGAACUCCGGUUGUUAAGCAACGGCUAUCUGGAAUAUAAUUCUAGAGCAGUUAAAACUCAUACAUAUAAUACGAAUUCGGAUACAGAAAUGCGCAGAACAAAUUGAUGUAAAAAUGAGUGUGCUUCCAGUUUCACGGAUUAGGGAAUUGUAAGGUAUAAUAUAUUGAACGAUUCUUAGAGGAUUUCCAAUUCGAUUGGUAGUUAUUAACUUAUUAAAAAAAUCGAGGGGUUGAUGCAGAUGCAAUCGGAUACGUCAUUCCUGGUCGUCUAUUGUGUUUUAGUGGAAAUGUCAUGAAAUUGAUAUAGUUGAUAUAGUGUUUUAAGAAAUCAAAUAACAUGAAGUAAAAAUUCUCAUUCAAAUUUUACCAAUUUAAAGCUGCUUUCGGGCCUGCUGAUCAGGUAGAGAUUAUUUUCCCUCCCUAAAUCACCAUAUCGCCACCAGACGUCGACAUUGUACAAACGUCAUCGCGGAUCUUAAUAUGUCACAUUCCUAAUAUGAUGUAAUAUGUCCUCAAUUACGAUCUAAUAUGAUUUACAGUUGAAUUUUCCACAGUAUGUAAAACAAUUUUCCGCUGUACUACCUUGAUUCAAUUUAUAUGUUUAUACGACUCACGAACUGCAUCAGCCUGAUAUGAAUAUAUUAUUUUGUUUAGGUCGAUUCUACGAUAGUGUAUAUCAUAUAAUCGAUGCUUGUUAUAUCGAACUGCGACUUAAUCUGUAGUGUUAUCACUAAAAUCGAUCUAAAUAAUCUGUUAUCAUAAAAUCGAGAUUUUUGCAUUUUAUACGAUUUUAGAAUACACAAUGUAUACUUUCAUUGACAUUAUAUAUCAUCUUGAUUCGAUUUCACUUUAUAUGUGACCUAGAAUAUGUUAUGCUAUGCUAUUUGAUGUUUGAUGAGAACCAUCGCAUUGCUGGAUACCGAUGGUCAGUGGGCAAGGAGGAAAUAACUCGAUAUGUACAGCAACAUUACCAAGACCUUUUCGACGAACAGGACAUUGAAGUGGUCAACCGUUUCAACCCAAGACGAUCGGUUGAUGAAAAUGAUGAGGGGAACAGUGGACUCAUGGUUGAUCUGACAGAAGACGAAGUUUUUACUGCUAUCAAGGGUUCGGCAGCAAACAAAUCUUUCAAAGGAGUUUUACCGGAAAUGUUGGAAAAUAUUCUAACAACAGAGGAAGACCGUUGCUAUGAAGAUCGAAGCUCAGCUUCCUGCAUGGACAGGAAUAACAAAAAAAAGGACAUCAUUAAAUUACUUAGUGUCCUUUUUAAGAACAACAUGAAGAAUACAGCUGAACAAAACUGGAACACCGUACACCGUAAUUUGAAUGGCCUUCUACACUUGAACCGUCCACGUCUAGUGAACAUGAAACAAAUGGUUAUGCUUUUCAAUACGUUUAUUUGCUCCAAGUUAUGGUACUUAUACUAUGUAGCUUUGCAAGUAGUUUUGUUCAGAAAGCAAAUUGGGUUCUUUUAGUGAAAUGGUUAGGCUGAUCAAACUUACCCUUUUUGGACGACAAAGUAUCGUUUUUCGACCAUUUUGGAGAGUCCUGUCUUUUUAUCAAUCUGUACAGUAUUCUGAGUAUAAAGAAAAUAUACUUUUAAUAAUAUCGUGUUGUACUACGAUUUAUUUGGAAACCCAUGCCUCAACCAAUUUCUUCUCACCAAAGAUUAGUUGGUGAUCUUUCGAACAUUUAUUCGCCAUGUUGGAAGAUAUUAUGUAUCUGUUAUUAGAGUUUACGUUCAACUGUUACUGUUUUAAACAAGCAUAACUUUCUGUAUUGGGUGCCUGCCAAUCCAAGCGAACCCAAUACACUAUAUUCAUAUUUCGUUUUAGGAAUUUGUAUCUAGCAUCAUACGCGUGACAUCAUCAUUUAGUGAGAUUUCUGCCUGAUCGCUACUUGGAACGAGACUGAGUAUUAGAAACCGCGAGUGUAAAUGUCUACAAUUUGUGUAUAUCAACUAAGUUACAAACAUUUCAAUUUGCAAUAUCUCCUUUCUCCACAAUGACCGUACGGAUGAACGCUACAUUUACAUUUCUAGCGAGCGAUUUACGCACACCUCAUUCUCAUUCUCUCAUAUAAAAAUUAUAUUUCACGGCAACACCCGUUCUUCGGAAUAGAAAGUACUUGUAGAUAGGGACAGAAAUGCGCAGAACAAGUUUCGGGGACCCUGAAAAGGAUUGAUGGCUUGCGUAGUUUUGUAGAAUCAUUUCGAGAAGCAACGAUUCUUUUUUGCCUUUGCGAAGACCAUACACUAACUGGUCAUAUCUCGCAAUUUGUUUCUUUAUAUCAAUGCACGCAUUGCAUUGAGUAUUUAACGAGAGGCUUCUUCGGUGCAUCACCAUUCAUCAAGCAUCAAACACGCGUCUAACAGAAGCACACAGUUCGAGGGGAAACAUAAAAUACAAAACGAGCAGAAUAAGCGACCUUUGUUGUUCCGGGCAAAGUAAGAUUCUGAGAAUUUUCCUCACAGGAGAUGCACUUUUACGCUAGCGACAGCUUACUUAUUUACGCAAGGGUGGAGUUUACUUCGCAAAUAUUCUUUUUUCGCUUUCCCCCUUCGUUGUUUCGAUUCUAGCGGCUGCAUAAGUUGCCCGUUAUUGACAGCUCUGUUCGGGAAAGCGCACAAAUGGACAGAACAAAUGUAUGGGGAAAUGGGAAUGCUUCAAAUUUUUAUCAAUUUAAGCCAUAUACAGACUAUGGAAUUGUAAUGUAUAGCAUAUCAAACAAAUCUUAGAAAAAAAUCCAAUUCGAUUGGUAUUCAAAUCGUUAAAAUCCGUUCGCAGCCAAAAUAGCUAUCAACGUUAACUUUAUUUCAUAAAAAUGUGACCUGUUUUCUGAUUUGGCACCUUUAAUGUGAGACCUACGUCAAAAAUAUUUCAUAUAAACGGGACAUGUUUUUUAAGUUGUUAACCCUGCUGAAAGAAGAAAGAAGAUAUUCUACGUCAAAACUAGUCGAUUUAGGUGAAAUACAGACGGCAAAAACUUGUUAAACCUAUGGAAAAUUGUUACGAUAUUGUGUUGAAGUACAUUGAAAAAUGGUAGGCUAGUCUAGGAGAAACAUAACAGUGUAAUGUUAAGCACUUGCCCUACAAUUUAAUUUCGAGCACCUCGAGUCGUUCCACUAACUAACAAGCUGUAGAUUUUGGCACAGUCUAAUCAACACGAGUGUGGUUCGUCUUUGUAUGUUAAAGGGUUGAAGUCCAUGCCUGAAUGGCCAGAGAUUCAAAGAAGCAUUAGUGAAAACACUUCCUGUUCAUAUAGAUUACAGGAAUUAUAAGUAAUGAAAUAAAAAAGUGGAACAAAUAAUCCUAACUAGUUUCGAAUCGUUGUGCGCAGAUAUUUUCAGAAACGGAAAACAAAUUUCUAGAAUGCGAGGAACUCGUGAAAUUUACUGAUUAUAUUGAGCUUGGGUAAACUGUACACUCCGUAGUUGCUCUCCGUGAUUGACCUGAACCAGCGAAAUUGCACGAAGAACACACAGAAUUUGUGAAGCUUACUGAUUAUAUUUUCUGUUUACCUGGUAGUACCGUAUUUGUUGAUAAGAUUUUUCACAAUGAUCAAUAUUUGGACAUAAUAUUGUCGCGACUAAAUGAUUAAACGAUUAUCGCUAUUAUAAAUUCCAAACAGAACAUUGAUCAAGAAUGUGACAAAUUUUAUGAUAAAAUGUCCAAAAAUUCUCACCUCCUUCGCAAAGUCUCUUCAGCAUCUAAACAUUCUAUUUACUCAAUAAAAUUCUUAAAAAAAUAGUAAGGUAAAUGAUUUUGGUUUGUCUAAUCGAAAUAUGAUCAUGGUUUGUCCACUUUUUUGAAUGCUACAAUUCAGCACACCUUUUUCAAUUCGAGUAUUCGAAUGUUUCAAGAUAAAUAAAUAAAAUUGUCUAUUUCAUGAUUUGCAGUGGUUUUAUAGUAUAUUUUUACGGAAUCACAUGUUUUAAAGGAUUGUAAAAUACACCUUCUAUUAGAGUCAAUGCGCUCCUCAUUCGAGCUAACUUUUAAUCGAUCACCAGAUGAUUAUUUGGCACAUAUUCAGACCUUUUCUAGAUUAUAACACUUACAAAUAUUGUAAACAUCAAGCUUGCACACCAUUUGUAUCAGAUAUACAUAGCUAAAUCAUUAAAUUAACGCAUUUAGAUGAACUCAAUUCUGGUAGCAACCGCUUGGCGCGCUGCAGUUUUUUAUGUUGUCCUUCGUUUGUAGUAGAAAUAAAGUUUCUCUGUGUUUAGUGUGUUGAGGUGAACACUUUUAAAAUGCCCAAUAAAAGGCAAUAUUCUGAAGAAAGCCUGAAUUAUGAAUGAAUCAAUAUGAUGACAGUAAACCUUAGCAAUGAUAAAUGCAACAUCUACUUGAGAAUUCGAAUGUUUGCAUUCAAAAAUGAUGAUUUCUAAAACCGGACAAACCAUGAUAAUUUUUUGGACAAACCAUGAUCAUAAUUUCUCUUUGAGGAAAAUCGUUGAAAAAUAUAAAAAUUUGAUUAAUUUCAACACCUUAUGGUAGUAUUAGCAACUAGAGACUUGGGGCUUUUCAGCAAAGCCAAACUUGUAUCGAUUAUAUGUAAUUUUCAUGAAGAAAAAUCGAUUUGCAUUUACUAGUUGCGUAAAAACACCCCUAAUCGGACAAACUAAGAUCAUUUACCAUAUUUUUUGUUUUUUUUUUCUUCAUUCGAUUGAUUUCAAAACGAAGGCUAUGUUAGUAAAUCGUUAUCUUAGAACAUUGAACGAGGGACCAUCUCUACUUCGGGGGACUAUAUGCUAUAAACUAUUAAGGCUUCUCUUCAAAAAAUCCCUGAUCAUUGCCUUCGGUUCUUGCUGUAUAAGAUUAUUUAUCAGCAUUUCCUUAAUCAUCUGCCAGCGGUUGGAAUCACCACACGUUGCACAAGAAAUUGGAAGCUGAUAUGGAGGAAUAUGGAGGAAUACAAUAUACUAUCUGCUUGUUCCCGGCAUACUACACCACAAUGGGCUAUUUUACCGACAGGAGCGAGUUAAGGAGAGUUAAGUCAGACCGAACCAUGUGACGUUUUAAUGAUUUCGAGCUUGAAGUAUGAUGCUAUAAGAGGUUCUCUAUAAUCAUUCCAAACAAUUCCGAUACGUUAUUACUGCUGUACGCGUGAUUGUGGUAUGUAGUUACGAAAUGCUUAACCCAAUGUAAUCAAUAGCUCGAAAUUUUUGAUUUUGCCACUUGAUCCCCUCUGACUUAACACCUGUAAAUAAAUCAUUUUCUAAAAACAAAAAAAGCAGGUUAAAGCCAUUUCUUGUCCUAUCAUACUCACGAAGCACUCAGAGCACUCAACAUUGAGUUACAAUAAAAAACAGAAUAUAAUCAAAUGAAAGUAUAAUUUUCAGCAAUUUGAUAUGCCAACGAUGAUUAUGUGCUUCAGUGUCCAUACAAAUGGGCACAUUUUCCCUCCGGGCAAGAGUGUCUCCUUGGAGAUAAAAAUAAAUAUAAUCCACGGCAAAGAAACCUCGAUUCUUGACAAAAGCAUCCCAGCUGAUUCAUUACCGGACUCCCGGAGCCCCGAAGCAGAUGAAUGUUUAUGCUUACUACACGAAAUACAAGUGAGUCACCGAGACAACCAGAGACAGGACUUCGCUUAGGAAAAGCAAGGGAAGAUGUUACUGCGGCUCGUAAAUAUUGUGAGCCGCUUCGGGAUAUUUUAACACAGGACUGCAAGAAGAACGAAGACGGGAAGUAUAUAGGUCACGUUAAGUGGAAUAGUAUGACCGUCCCGAUUCGACAGUUUCUUUCACGCGAUGGUGACACAACAACCGAUCCUUGAAAAGGAAUUCAGUCCAAUUUGCAAUUUGUAUAGACAAAGGUUAGAUAAUUGAAAUAUAAACUUUAAUCCAUUUUUUUCUGUGGAAGAUUGCAUCAUUCCGCUCAUGCAUUUGUUACACAAACCUCGCAUCAGUAACUUCCGACACGUACCCUACAUAUCAUAUAAGCCACGUUGGAUGCAUUUUAUUACACAUCACAGUUACAUGGUGUAAUCAAACAAACCGCCCGAAUCCAUCGUGAUAUCGCGCACACAAUCACAAACCCUCGUACCACAUCCGUUAUUUCUCAAUAUCCUUGUAGCAAAAAAAAAAUCUUGAUGGAUGAGUAAUGCCAUAAUGCCCCCAUCAGCGGUUUUAUUUUUAUUUUCCAUAAAUCUGCAACACGACAAGCCGCUCGUCUUCACACCCAACCAUUCGACCAACAGCAACCAGUGCCAGCAGUGUCCUGGUUCGCAAAGUUUAAACCGAUAUCGAUACCGAUACAUAUCAGCAGAGCCGACAAAAUCUUGCCAUCAUCUCACUUUAUCCCCUCUUCGCGCGCGCGCGCCAGAUUACGCCUUUUGGACGUGUGAACAGGCGGCGAAGAGCCCCGGAAAACUUAGCACCGGACACGACGGUGGUGGGUUCUGUUAUUCAACCUUUUCUUCCUGCCCGGUUUGAGAUUAUCCCAGAUGCGAACAUCGAGCACGCUUUUGGGGGGAAAGUUGGUGAUUAAUUCAUAGUAUCCUAGGCACAUGGUACCCCGGCUCGGCUGCAUCAUUUUGGUCGAUCGCCGUUUAGAAUUAAUUAAAUGUAAACUUUUAUUCCUAGUAGACAACGACGACGAUGGAUUAUGGCUCAACGCAACACCGCUAAUCUUGGCUGUCUAUCUUGCGAAACAGUUUCGUUUAUGGUCCGUUAAAUUAAAUCAAUUUUUGGCAAAUUUAGACAUCUGUUCCAUGCCGAAAAUUGAUAUUAGGAAGCAGCGUGAGAAAAUCAUUGGCCUUUUUCAGUAAGUUCGAGACCGAGAAAUCGAUGGAAACGUGAAUAAGGAAUCGGUUGAUCAAGAGUUCACGUUUCAGUUUUAUCACUGAUGUCAAAAUUGACAUAGCUAAAACUGUCAACAAAGAUUAUUAUUCUGUUUUUCAAAUUGAUUGGUUAGAUACACUCGACAAAAAAAUAAGAGCAACAGAGUGCGAAUUCGAAAAUUUUAAGUGAUUUUUGACAUGCUGUUACUUCGUGGAAAAUCAACGCAUAUCGAUGGAAUGCUUAUUACUACCUUCAGGUAUUAGAAUAUUUCACGUACAUAUUUUUAUCUAUAGGUGUGUAGGUGUAAUGUGCAACAAUAUCGGGAAGAAAUGAAAAAUCUAUUUUUCUUUGUUUUUCCAAGAAUAUCCUGGACUAACACAAUUAUUUUCUAACCAACUCAAUAGCAAAUCCAAUUAACCUUAUCAACCAGCUUUCAUUUGGUUCCAAGAACGUUCCUGUAGGACCAGAACGUUUCAUAUUGAUACGUUCAGCCGUUUUUCUAGCCGAAUUUUCAAAGUUUGGAGUAAAUUAGAGGAGCAUUUAAUAGCAAAUCUUACCCCAUCAAUGGACGGUUUAUUGUCUACCCAUCGUGAACCCAAACCAACGAACUUAGACAUUUAUCAAACUCAAACAUCGAUGCAUGCACACGUACAUGGGAGACAGAAAGAGAGGAACGAAUUCGUUUUAGGGGAAGCCACUUCAAAAUGCAAUGAGGACAAUUUGACUGGGAAGAAUGAAAUGAUAUAGUCGAGUCGGUAGAGGGAGAUAGCGACUAAACACCCGACUGACUGUUUAGUCGUUUUGGCGGAGAGACUGCGUGAAGAAGCCAAAAGUCAUUACUAACUGAAUACGGGUAUAGUCAGUCAGAUAGUCAGCUGACUAUCCUCAGUUGACUUUGACUGUGCAGAGCCCUGACCAGAAGUACAAAAUCCUACGCGACUCUCAGAAUGAACGAUUCGUAACUUUCGUCUUUAUGAGGUUGUGGGUGAAGAGUGCGUGUAUGUGUGAAUAUCAAACAUGAAAUGAAAAUGAAAACGAAAGUUACGAAUCGUUCGUCCUGAGAGUCGCGUGUCUAAUUUACUCCAAAUUUUAAAAAAAUCAUUUUUUCCUGAUAUUUUUCAUUUCUUCCCGAUAUUGUUGCCCAUUACACCUACACACAUCAAGAUCAAAAUAUGUACGUAAAAUAUUCUAAUACCUGGAAUUUGUAGUUUCAAAUUGAUGCGCAACCCAUCGAUAUGCGUUGAUUUUUCACGAAGUAACAGCAUGUCAAAAAUCACUUAAUAUUUCCGAAUUCGCACUCUGUUCCUCUAAUGUCAAGUGUAUUUCACAACCAAUCUUUUUCAUAGGUUUCUCUGAAUUAGGGAAUGAACAGUUGAACAUUGGUACUGAAAAGACGGGUGGGUAAUGUCGGGGACAUAACCGGAGUGACGUAGGACUAUACAAAGGGGACAGCUUUUGUUAAAUAUAUAUUUUAAAUAUAUUGUUUUAUUUUCUUCUUCUAAAGGGUGUGUCACAUCAAAUUGCAUCACGGAAAAAACGCUGUAGAAAUUCGCCCAGUAGACCGAUCCUUUUGAAAAUUUUAGACAGUAAAAUAAAAACUAUUAAACAACUUUUGGCAUUUUCUUUUUAUUCAUACUUCGAGCCCAAGCCCGUAUGCUCGCACCUUCCUCUUUACCCCGUCCAUAAGGUUCUGUACAACGUCAGGUUGUAGUUUUUUUUGAACAGAAAUCCAUUUUCUCUUGAAGUCCGUCUCCGAUUUGACAACUCUUGGGUUCUUCCGGAGGGCCUGCUUCAUAAUCACCCAAUAUUUCUCUAUUGGGCGAAGCUCCGGCGCGUUGGGCGGGUUCAUUUCCUUUGGCACGGAAGUGACCCCGUUGGCUUCGUACCACUCCAACACGUCCUUUGAAUAGUGGCACGAAGCGAGAUCUGGCCAGAAGAUGGUCGGGCCCUCGUGCUGCUUAAAUAAUGGUAGUAAGCGCUUCUGUAAGCACUCCUUAAGGUAAACCUGCCCGUUUACCGUGCCGGUCAUCACGAAGGGGGCGCUCCGCUUUCCGCAAGAGCAGAUCGCUUGCCACACCAUGUACUUUUUGGCAAACUUGGAUAGUUUCUGCUUGCGAAUCUCCUCCGGAACGCUGAAUUUGUCCUCUGCGGAGAAGAACAACAGGCCCGGCAGCUGACGAAAGUACGCUUUGACGUAGGCUUCGUCGUCCAUUACCAGGCAAUGCGGCUUCGUCAGCAUUUCGGUGUACAGCUUUCGGGCUCGCGUCUUCCCCACCAUGUUUUGCUUUCGUCGCGGUUAGGAGCCUUCUGAACCUUGUAUGUACGCAGGCCCUCCCGCUGCUUGGUCCGCUGGACGAAUGAACUUGACAAAUUCAGCUUAUUGGCGACAUUCCGGACCGAACUUCUCGGAUCACGUCUAAACUGCUUAACUACGCGCUUGUGAUCUUUUUCACUGACGGAGCAUCCAUUUUUGCCGUUCUUCACCUUCCGGUCGAUGGUUAGGUUCUCGAAGUAUCGUUUUAGUACUCUGCUGACCGUGGAUUGGACGAUUCCCAGCAUCUUACCGAUGUCCCGAUGUGACAACUCCGGAUUCUCGAAAUGAGUGCACAGGAUUAAUUCACGACACUCUUUUUCGUUCGAAGACAUUUUUCCAAAUUUACGAAAAAUUCACAGUGAAGCAUGGCCAACGUGAUCUAUACACUCUUAUCUGAUUAUAAGCGAAUGCUGAAGAUAUAAUUCCUAAAAAUUAAAUUUCUACAGCGUUUUUUCCGUGAUGCAAUUUGAUGUGACACACCCUUUACUUGAAUACCUACCUAUCUACCUGAAAAAUGGAUUAGUUUACUGUUUACUCUUUAUGAACAUGUUGAUGGUUCUGAAAAGAACCUUUGGUGUUGCGUUUUCGUUAUCACUCGAUAUUCCCAUCUUGCUCGGUUAAACCUUCCUGUUUAGCUAUUGCGUUUGCCACUCGCCACAGCUUUCACAGUUGGGAAAUUUCUUCCCAUCCAGCUCGUGACAUGUUGUUCAGUAAAUUACAUUUAAUGCGACGUGCCGGAGAAACACUCAGUGUCGCAUUGGAGGCGAUUUUAACCUGUAAUUGAACAUUUCCGAUGACAGUGGUACAGUGUCGACUUUCAAUGUAGGGUCAUAAUUUGGACCCCGAACUCUAUGGUCACAAAAAUGUCGCAUUACAGGUCCAUCCAAUUAUCUAAAUGUCGAGCUAAAUAUAAAUUACUGUACUUUCAAUCUAGAAGCAAUUUAAGAAUUGGUGAAAAUUGAAUAAUCGGGAAAGUCCCCAACUAUCAAUGAGCUCAGAACAACUGCCAAAUUCACAUACUCAUCAGAUCCUGGCAAAUUAUGAAAAAAUCAAUUUGUGUUUUAUUAUUAUUUUGGAUAAUGUUUUAGAAAGCAUUGAACUGUAUUUCCUAAACUCUUUUUUGGAAGGUUUAAUGGUUCCAAUUUAGAAAACUUAGUACUCGUGGUUUUGAGAAAAACCAUUUCGAACGCCCUCGAUGCCGCCUUGUUCUGGAUUUGCCACCAAAGCAGUUUGUAUAAAGAACAAACUUUUUUCUUCUGCUACCUGAUGCCGUUUUGCGAUUGCGUUUGCCACUCGCCACUCGCUGCAACUGCCUGUUGUCUUGAUGUCCACCGAACCGAAUGUGUUCUGUUCCGAAUGCGGGUUUUCUUAUCAUCGCGAACAGCUUUGCCAGCUAACUCGAUCACUUCGGCGGCCGAAACUAUAUAACGCCGGCUAGGUGGACUGGUGCACUGGUACUAACGCGCUCGGCCUAGCUACCCUUGCGGGGAACUCCAGAUCAACACGGUUCGAGCGGGAUUUUUCCUUUCCCUUCACUUUUCCUCCUUUACCAUGUCCAGACAUGGCUGCUUGGGUUGGUUUGUUGAUGUGUUGUGAUGCGAACCGAUGUGGUGUACGGUUUGGAUGAGAAUGAUCGUUACGGCAGCGGAGCGGGGUUUUUAAAGCCAACUGGCUGGCUCGAGAAUUACGCAUGUGUGAGACUGCGACCAAUGUUUUUCCUUUCCAAUCGUGCUUCAUUCUGUUUCGCUGCUGCUCUGGUUGCCCGUUUUGGUCGGUACGAUUUGAGGAGCACAAAACGGACCAAUCAAAAAUGGGCACAUAGUGCAUUUGGACAAUGCUUGAUAUUUCACAAUUCUUCAAUUAUUUAACUCAAGAAAAAUGAAUUGUUAUUCGUUAUGAUAGAUGCGUAGAUAUAUUUCCUAUCAAUUGAUGCAAAAACCUUUGCGAUCUAUUGAGAAAUGCUCGAGUUAUAAGCGUUCCAAAUCUUGCAUUUUUUCCUACUUGUUCAGUGCCUAGAUUUCCAUUUCACCCCCUAUAUCUUUCGGUUAGACGUAGUCCUACGUCAAAAAAAUCGUGCGCUGUGAAUGUGAAUGUCCUAUUUCGGCAUAUGUAUGGUCAUGUAUGUUGCAUGUAUAAGGCAACGUUUCACAACGUUUCUGAGGAUAAAACAUCGUCAAAUUGGAUAUACAAAAGGUUUCCUCAAUGAUGAAUAUGACGUAUAUAAUAGAUACGAACGACUACUGUAGUUUUCUUCUCUCUCAGUGUUUGUCUGCCACGGCAACUAACAUAUAAAAACAGAAACAAAGAGAGAGAGAGCGCGAUUUGGAUGCUCGUUCCAUCACCAACUUGCCACUGUUCUUCUUAUCCGUUAGUGUGUCGUCUGUUUCACCCCGUCAGAACAGUUUUUCCAACCUGUCACAAUUUUUGAUUCAUCAAUGGAUCUGAAUUCCGUUUCUUACAGUUCCAAUAUCGCUUCGAUAUCAACUCAAUCCGAUCAGAUUUGAUACAGCGAAUCAAAUUUAAAAUUAAAUCUGCUCAAAUCCCUCUUCUUACGACGGUCAAGUUUUGUUAAUAUUGUGGGCGGUUCAUAUUCAUAGAAUAACAUGAAUAUAAAGAAUAGACAACAACAAAGCUAUGAAACUCAAUAAUCAACUUUUUUCUGUCUAUGUCAUUAAUGUCAUGGCACCAUUUAUGUCGAAAGGACAUUGAGAAUGUUACAAACAGGGCAAUUCAUUUGUGAGUGAUAAUGAAAAUUGAAUUGAUGGAGUGAAACGGACAGCUCCUAGUGUGGUAAGACGGAUAGUGAAAGUUUUGUGAUGGAUUUGUAUUGAAAUAAACAAAGAGAUCCAUCACAACGGUUUCUUUGGGAAAGUAUUGUUAUUCCUUAGUACUCUUAUAAAUUUCAUUGUUCAUAGGUUCCAGAGAAACUAACACUGUAACGAUAUGUGAGGAAUGCACGAUGUAAUCUAAGUUAUUUGACAUACAAAUAUCUACCAAGUACCAAUAAAAGUGACGCACAUAAUACUGCGUUGAGACAACGAUGUUCUUCUGAAAAUGUUAGUGUCAACAAUUAUUCUGUUCGUUUGACCCAAGUACGGAAUUUUCCGAUUUUUUUUUUUGCAGUCCAGAUUCUGUACGGUACAGGUUACAGAUUUUCUUUCCGAAGUAAAUGUGUGUACAGUUUUCUAAUUUGAAAUUUAUAACUAGGCUGACCAAACGUACCGUUUCUAACGGGACAGUACCGAUUUUCGACCAUUUUUUAUUGUCUUUUUAUCAAUCUGUACCGUAUUUUAAGUAAAAGAGAACAAAUUAUAUCUUGUUGUACUACGAUUUCUACCACACAUUAAUCGGCUUUAUUGGAUGAUUGGAUGUUUUUAUUUUUGAUUAUUUUAUUUCUGAGUGAUAAGAAAUUGUGAUGAAGAGAAGAUUGUAAAAAUCUAUUGUAAGAGUUUUUCGCCAAAAAGGACCAACACCGCUAUGAUAGAGACAUUAUGAAGCUACCUUUAGAAUAGCAACAAAUUUUAAAACAAAACGGUGCCUUUCACCCAAAUCGGACAAUAGUUUUGAAUUUUAGCAAAAAUAAUGGAUUACUUCAUCCCCAACUUAAUAUAUAGAUUACACAUUAGAUACAGAAAAGUUAUUUUCCAUUCAUAAUUUUCAUCUCGAAAGUGUUUUCAGCCACAUUUUGUAAAACAUCCAAAAACUACUGAAGCAGAUAACACUUUUUAGCGAGCAUUCAGUAUCCAGUCUAACAAAAUUCAUCUUUGAAACAAUAUGUGUUCCAUAUUGUUCCAUUUUGGCGUAUAUCCAGCACUUUCGAAUCAAAUCAUAGAAAUUUCCUCGAAUUUAACCAUCGAGGACACGUUCCAGUUUUCUAUCCGUUUCAAGGAUAGUUUCAGCGGCUAAAAUCAGGAUACAGGUAUGUUAAUCUUUUUAUACGAAAGAUAAAAUGUCCAAGAGUUAUAUGCUUCAAACAAAUGAUUAUCAUUCCAGCGGUAGUCCUAUGCCCACCUUGCGGUUACAUCCCAGAUAUAACACACUUCUUGUUUUUCCCAAGGGAAUAAACCUACGCUAUGACGAGUAUUGAUGGUUCGCCAAAUCCAAUAAAUAGUAGAACGCGUUUUUUCACUUCGUCAUUCAGUAAAAGUGCCAAAUCAGAAAACAUGUCACGUUCUAAUGAAAUAGUUUGACCGUUCAUGACCAUUUUUGCUCCGAACUGAUUAUCAUGAUUUGUUUACCAAUCGAAUCUAAUACUCUCUAAGAUUUGAUAGAAAUUUCAAUGCAUUAUGAUUUUGUAGACCCGCAAAUGAUUUAGAAUAACGAAAAUUGGAAGCACUAUCGUUUUCCCAUGCAUUUGUUCUGUGAAUUUCAGUGCAGCAACGAGGUACAAUGUUUAUAUACCACUGAAAAUCAGGCACCCGAAAUCACCUGCUUGACAUACAAACACUGCGUUCGUACUAUGGACACUGUCGAGAGGAAAUAUUACAAUUCAAGCUCCACCCGUUUUCAACUCAUUAGGGAUAACUACUCGCAAUUUCCAAUAUACAGUCAGUUAGCAUUUUAACGAUAGGGUGGUAUCGUUUCUCAAGGCUUUCCAAAUAGCUUUUCUCAAGGCCUUGAGAUAGAGUUUUAGUUUUCUUAAUCGGCCUUCAUCAAGGCUAGAGAAGAAUAAACCGAAAAAGUUUGUAGCUUCUCUAGUUCAACGCUACUACUACCACUCAAAUACACAGUCUCGGUCCAGCUAACGAGCAGACAACAGUAUUUCUUAUGCUGAUUCUGCUCAAUCAGGUCCGAGUGUCGAUGGUGUAGUAAAUGGGAUAUAUCGCACACAGCGAGUCAAUUUUGUUCAGUGGAGGCACCGCGUCCACUUUCAUUCCAUCUAGUGCUGUUUUAUUUUCACACCAGAAGCUCACAUUGUUAUUGUUUUCAUGCGUUUCCAAAGGAUAAUUAAGUGGUUCAGAAAUGUGGAAUAAUGAUGCUUAUGAAACUAGUAGGGGAAUCGGGAUAAAGACGGACAGAUAGGUUACUUGAUUUGUAUAGUUGCAUUAUGAAUUUCAAAUUUCUGUUGAUGGGAUCCCCUUCUACAUGCUAUUCUAGAAUAUUUAAACCAUCCUAUGACAAUGAAUACUGAUCAAAAGUGAAAUAGGGAAGCAAAAACCGAAAAUCAAACAUGAUUCCGCGUGUGGGUGUAAUUUUUGCGGUUUCGAUAUUAAGCAUUUUGAGUGGUAUAAUUGCAAAAUUGAGUUCGUUAUAUUUCGGUUUGUGAUUUGACAGAGAAGCGAUAUUAGGUAUGUACGGAAAAGUAAAAUCAUUCGUAAGGGGUAAAUUUAAAUUAUUAAAAUAAUUGCACUGGUGGGGUUGAAAUGGACAGUCACAUUCAAUGCACGAUGGAAAGUGAAAGGAAGAAUAUACAACUCUUUUUUUCAGUUACUGGUGCACAAACACUGAAAGAGAACGAAAUUAUUCCUCUCGCGAGCGAUAAACUUCUACGCUUCGUAUAUUAUUGACCUGUCCAUAUUCCCCCCACUACAUGUCCGUUAUACCUGCAUCGAUAAAAAUGUUCUACUUUUCGGCUUGUUUUAAUUUCAGAAAAAAACAUAAAAAACACAUUUUUGUAAAACAUUUGCCCAAUUAUUUCGAAAACCAGUAUAUUAAACUGUAAGAAACUGCUUUUAAGUUUUGGAGAAAAUGAGUUUCCAAAGAUACAAUUGAAGUUUUCCUUAACAUGUCCGUCUUACCCCCAUCUCCCCUGUAUAAUAGCCUGUGACCGAGUUUGUGUCAACUGUCAUAAAAAACAGCCGAGAUAGUGUUCGCAAUUAAUAUUCAAUGCAAUACGUCCAUUGACAUGAGCAAAAAAUACGACAUUAGGUCAGCUUGUAUAUUAUUCUAGCAAGGCCAGGAACGAAGCAUCAAUCAACCUUCUUAGGCUUUAUCUUCAAGUUUUUCCAAAAAUGUUUAUGCAUUUCAAAAUAAUAUCCCAAGUGGUUAACAGGAAAAUUGAAUAUAAUAAUUUCGUAGUUCUACGACAAUAAUGAGGUCGUGUUUUUGAACAUAACCUAUUUGUUUAUUUUUUGUAGGGGAACCCGGGGCAAGACUGCCCAUCUGAUUAUUUUCCCUUUUUCCAUCUUUUACAAUUGUUUAACCACAGAACUUUGUUUUAUACAGAUACUGCAUAUAUCUCACAUAUUAUCAGCCAUAACCUUAAAUAUUUUUUAUUGGAAAACAGAUAAAUACUAACUGAGCUUCUUACAACUGCAAUCUAUAUAAGAACGCACAGGCGCAAAUUAACGAAAUACCCUCAGUUUCUAUAUGUUUGCAUGACUCCACCCAUAAAUACAAAAAGAAUAAUCAUUUUUCUUCAACUUACUGUAUGAACUAAUUUAAAUCGUACGCAUUUAUUUAAAAAAAAAAUUAAUUCGUUAUCUCUCAACUUCCGGGGCAAAAGGGGCCAUUAUUACCGGGGUAAAAAUGCCAUAGUCGUAACCUCGAAUUCGAUCUGUCAAAAAAAAAAAUAUUUCAAAAGAGCAUUCAAAAACGCGUAUUAGCUUAAGGUGGCACUCUUGCCCCGGGUUCCCCUAUAUUUGAAUAGAAUCGCUAAAAACAUCUAUUUUCAACUGAUGAAAAAAAUUUACGAUUAAUAGAUGGAUCGACUAUCUUGAGAUCUAAACAUUAACCGUUUGAGUGCGGAGUAAAUUUUGUGAGCAUAUGCCAAAAAUGCGGAUGAGUUUGGGUAUAUUUGAACGAAUACUAAAGAACGCAGAUAACUGAUUAGGUCACAAAAGUUGUAUUGAUGAAAAAACACACAUAGAAAGUGGGUUUUAUAAUAUUUAUUAACAUUAACUUCCUUAUUUGUAUAUAUAUAUUUUUUAAAUAAUGAGAAUAUUAUAUUCACACAAUUUCAUUUGCAAUUAUCGUUUGCUGCACAAAACGCAUAAAGUCCUCUCUCACAAAUGUCCCCGAAAGACUACGUUAAGAGGUGCCAAGCCAAAAAUAAUUACAUCAAGCAAGAAGAGCGCUAUCGCACCCCGUACUUUUGGCAUUUAACAAGUUUUCAAAGGGUUAAUCGGAGAGAUUGUCAUUAAGCUUCCUCUACUCGCGCAUAGGUCUAACAGACCGAGAGUAAAUGAGGUGGCUGAAUUAAAUGACUAUAAAACUGAAUGAAGUUAACGAAAAAAACAUUUGGAGUUUUUUUCAUUUAAUUAUAUCUUUUUCUUCAAAUAAAUACCAAUAGCCCCUAAAAAUACACAACAGCAAUAUCACAGAGAAACACAUAAUCUGUGAGUAUACGAGUUACGAUUUUGCGCGCGAGUAUAGGAGAGUUAAGUUUAAAUAUUCGAUUUUUGGGAGUUUUUUUUAUAUCGCAUAUCACUAGACGUGACGUUGUUUCUGCGAGUGUAAAUUACUGUCUACGUAGAUUUUGCCAAAAGGACGUAUCAUUGAAAGAAAUUCAUUUAUUAGAAUCAGAGGCGAAAGUGGAUUCUGAAAAGUAUUUUAGUAACAAGACGAUAGCGAAAAAAAAAUCGUCGCUAAGUGAAUAGAAACAAAUAUUUUUUGUGGAGAGACCCAGUCUCCCGAACGCCCGAUCAACAAACCAACUCGAGUCAAAGAUAAAUUGCUCCAGCCAAAACUGGGGACAACAUCCACAUCGAACCUUUCUUGGCAUGCGGGAAACAAAACUAACAGACCACAAACUACGCAGCGGACGUGGAUUGUAGAAAAGAUAUAAAUGUAAGAUAAGAAUUCAAAACUUACCCCAUUAUUGUUCCCCGGAGUCUUUGACUCUGACUCUGGUUGGUUUCUCCAAGGUUUAUACUUCUACUUCGCAAUCAAUCCCAUUGGUUUCCAAAGUCCAUUCGAAGUCUGAUAAAAUAAAAGAUAUUCGCUGAGCUAGGCUCAGUUAGUUAUGGACUCGUCGGUAGCUUUGGAACAUUGGAAAAAUCUAUAAACACCACAUCAAAAAAGGUUUCCCCAGAUAGAUGUAAAAAGAUGCAAGCAGCGUCUCAUGUGGCCUGCGACGCACACAGACCUUCAUGUUUUCCAUCUGCGGUCUAUCGCUAUCGGAAAGCUAGCUUCCGUCGUGGCGGCGGAAUCCCCGGGAUGUGUAUCGAAAUUUGUGUUUAUUUACAUAACUCAAUAGCAAUUUGUCAGCAUAAUGGCGGGAUACUGUAAUAAUCGUAAAUGUUCCGCUGGAGGACAAUGAAUGCGAAUAUAUCCACUCCCACCGAGAGUGGUGCUUCAUGUAUUGGAAACAACAACAGGAAAAAAAUAUAGGAGGUUGUGUCCAAGAUACGACCACAUUGCUGACGUAGAACUACACUGUUAUUUUAUCAGGAAUUUUAACCAUCUUUAGAUGGUUAAAAUUCCUCAAAACUUUAAGCGUUUCCAACCAGAGGGAAUCUAAUGUAUAGCAUAUUAAACAAAUCUUACGGAAUUUCCGAUUCGUUUAGUAUGUAAAUCGCCAAAAUCCGUUCGCGACAAAAAUAGUUAUUAACGUUAACUUUAUUUCAUAAAAAUGUGACCUGUUUUCUGAUUUGGCACCCUUAAUGAAAGACGUAGUUCUACGUCAAAAAAAGCAUGAAUAGAAUCCUAAAUUCAGGAUGACAAUGUCGCCGCCGAAAUUGGUUGGUGAAGUUCGCGCAAAUUUUCUCUCUCUCGUGAAGUGCGUAGUUUAUUGUCAUUAAAGAACAGGUUGAGCACUACAUAUAUGGGUUUAUUUUACAUCAUGUUGUAGUCAUGGAAUAGAUUGUUAUCGUACGAAAAUACUCGCGAGGUGUGAGGAAAUUUUGUAAUUGUGAAAAUGUAUGCAAUGGUUCGGAUUCGGGAGGGGUGUUGUGAGCUACGGCGCAAAUCCAUUGUCCUGUUUUUGUGUGGUGUUUGUUGAAUUGAAAUGCACGGCGACCGGUGGAUGUUGUAAUCAACAGCGGGAUGAGCAGAAGCAUGUGUGAGUGUGAAUGGGCAGAUGCACGUGCAUUCGUGUCUAGUGGACUGCAGAAAAAUGCAGCUUUUCCAGGCAUAUAAAAACAAACUGAUAAAUCACAUAGUGUGGCUUUUCGUUGUCGCUAUGGGUGAUUCAGUAACGGCGUUAUCGUAGGUUAAGAGUAACGAACAUUGUUCAUUUUCGUGUCUAAAAACUUUCCAUGAAAAUUUAUACAGUGCGGACUCGAUUAUAUGCAGUUUCCAAUUUCAUUUCAUUGUACAUAGACGAAUAAAAAAACUGUUUUAUUCGUUAUAUACAUAUUUUUUUGACGUAGAACUAGGUCUUACAAUAAGAAUGUCAAAUCAGAAAACAGGUUACGUUUUUAUGAAAUAAAGUUAACGUUGAUAACUAUUUUUGCUGCAAACGGAUUUAAACGAUUUGCAUACCAAUCGAAUCUGAAAUUUUCUAAGAUUUGUUUUAAAUGCUGUACAUUACAAUCCCAUAGUCUGUAUAUAGAUUAAAUUGAUGAAAGUUGGAAGCAUUUCCAUUUCCCCAUACAUUUGUUCUAUCCAUUUGUGUGCUUUCCCGAACAGAGCUGUCAAUAACGGGCAACUUAUGCAGCCGCUAGAAUAGAAACAACGAAGGGGAAAAUUCUUUCUGUGCUCGAAACAACAAAGGUCACUUAGUCUGCUCGUUUUGUGUUUUAUAUUUCCCCUCGAGCUGUGAACGCUAGCGAAUAUUUCACUUCAAGUGCAUCUGGCAUUGCAAUUAACACAACCAUCCAAAUUUGCAUCUGUUAGACGCGUGUUUGAUGCGUGUUGAAUGGUAAUGCACGGAAGAUUCCUCUCGUUAAAUACUCGGUGCAAUGUCUGCAUUGAUAUAAAGAAACAAAUUGCGACAUAUGACCAGUUAGUGCAUUGUUCUCGCAAAGACAAGAAAGGAUCGUUGCUGCUCGAAAUAUGUUCGAAUAUCAACAAUGUGACAGUUAUUGGACUUCUUUUUUGCUUCGAGCUAUGUUGGCUUAAACUGGGUCUACUUCAAUAAGUACGCUACGCAAAAGGAUUACUUUCAUUUGAAACGUGAAAAUAUUUAAUACAGAAUAUAAUUGUGAAAAAUAUAAAUUAGUUGAUUAAAACAACAUUUUGGAAGUGAAAAACUCAGAAGUUAGUAGUUUUUAAAGUGUUAUUAUUAAUUUUACACCAAAAUACAUAAUAAACAUGAUUUCUUCCAUC